UGUUCGAAGGUCCCCGAAGACUUGGAAAAGAGGAAGUGCUCCUGAUUUGUAGGUACACGGAGACUUAGAGAAAGGGGUAUACGUACGGCAGGUUCGUAAGUACACGUAAACUUUGAGAGCGGGGUUAUCCCUGGCUCGUAAGCACAAGGAGACUUGGGGAAAUAUAUGGGAGUGGGUCGUAAGCACAACUUGGACUUGGAAAUCUUGGGAGUGGCAUCCCUGAUUCAGAACUAAGUAUGCUCGUCUUUGUAAGAUAUCGACUUCUCAUCAAUGGAAUAUAAAAAUAACUUCUAAAAACCUGUCUACAAAGAGAAAUGGAUCGGACAUUGCUAUUUCUAAUUACUAACAUUGGAUAAAAUUGUGGUAAGCAAUUGGCGGUGCUUACAUCAUUACUAAUUUUGUAAUGCUUUUACGUGUACAAAACAAGAUCUGAUCGCAAAAUGAAUGGAUCUGAGAUAAAAUGAGAGAAUGGAUCUGUAUUCCCACAGUCUCCAUUUGCAUAAGACGUAAACUCUGCAAUCUUCAAGUUUUGAACGAGACAUUUAAAUACAGGGAGUGGAAUGCACAAUGAGCAAUCAAGAGACAUGUUGGCGGCGGGGGUGACCUUCAAACACAACAAUGAUAACCUGACGGUGAAGGAGUUUUACGACAAGUACCACUCCAGCCUCCCCCAGCUCAUCGUGGUCACCCAGGGAUACUGCGGGGACAUCGGGCUGGAGGAGUUCAGCAUUGGCCAGGUAAUUCGGAUUCACACAUCGUCCGCACAGAGACGGGUGGUGGCCAAGGUGGAGAAAGGCCUGUCCGUGCUGGAGGGGCGCGAAAUCAGCAUCCCCGUGGACUACGACAUGAAGUUCUUUAUCCUGAAGGGCGGCAAGAAAGGAGGAAAAGAAUCCUCUCUCCAUGAAAUCCUUGAGAAGCAUUCACUUCCGGUAGAAGUGACCCCGUCUGACUCGCAUCAGCUGAUGAAUAUUCAGGGUCAGGACCGGGAGACCGGGAAAUCGUGUCACCUCAACCUGGUCCACUCAUACGAGGACAGGUAUCUCCUUGGCAACGCGGUGUCGGACGGUAUGCUGUACGCCCAGGUAACCGCCGUGCCCGUCUACCUGCCUGACCUGAGGCUGUCUAUAGCCGUGGGGAUUGAGGGCUUCUCCGAGGCCCAGUCGGCGACCAGCCUCCAGAACAUGGAACUCAAAGUCAUGCAGAAUGUCAAGUUUAACACCGAUUUUGGAAACCCCAAUGUCGCUGUUUACUCCCACGAAUCUACCACACACAACGAGUACUCAGACUUCACGUACCGCGCCCCCGCGGAGUACUACAACAUGGACGACAUACUACGUCACAAGAUCGCCAACCGACCCUCCAAGCUCCUCCACUACAUUGACCAGUCGGCGGAUACGUACGAAUUCAUCCCCAUGGAUGCUGUGAGCAAAAAACCUCCGCCUAAGGCGCCUAAACCAGCAAAGGACAAGAAAGCUCAACCGGUGAAACCCAUGACUCCGCCCCCGCCGUGUAUUCCCGAGAGGCCGGCGGUGUUUCCGGACACCGAGCAGGCUGGGAGCGCACCGGAAGUCAACCGUCUUGACAACAGAGUAUCACGCGUGCCAAACGUGGAGGAGCUGAAGAUCCACGAGUUAGGGGAAUGGAUGAAGGAGCUAAAGCUAGAUAAGUACGUGAGUGUAUUCGCCGAGCAGGGCAUCGAUGGAGUUCUGCUGAAGGAAUUGUCCCGCCAGGAUUUAAAGACUGAAUUUGGAAUGUCUUCUGUGGAGGCUAUCAAACUGAACAAGUUCGCGUUGACGGGGCAUGUCCCGUCCUAAAGACCCGAAACAUUAAACCAUCGUCUUCUGUGAUAACUUGGACUCUUAGAAAGAAAAUGAGAUCACUCGCCCAACAAAGAAAAUACCGGUAAAACAUGGCAGAGAAACAAGAUUAUAUCUGUAAUGACAAAUGUUCAAAGUCAUUAUAUGUUCGUUUUCUCAUAUUAAGAAAUUAACUGUACGAGGAAACUCUGAAAUGUGCAUGUAAUAUACCCCUUUAAAUCUCAUGUAUGCAGGCAAAGUACAUCUCGUAUAUCUUAUUAAUGUAUAGUUAUAUUGUAAUGUGUCCCGAAAUUUUGCUUCCAACACUGUUUUCUUAAAAUUUCGAUAAUCAUUAUUAGUACCUUUGGGCCCAAGCUACAUUCAUACACUAGAAUGAAAAAAGCUUGAAACGCUCCCUCAAACGCCAGAGGUUUUAAUAAAAAGUAUACGGGCGUUUUGCACUGCAAACGAUAUAAAAAGUACUCAAGUGAUAAUGUUGGUGUUUCGAGUGACUUCCGAAUGGAAAAAAGCAAAGGACUAUGCACUAUACCCAUCAUCCCUUUCCUUUUUUUUUCCUAUGAUUAAUUUUUUAAAUUUGUUAUCAUUAUCAGCCCAUUAUAUAUGUCUCAAGUCGAAAAAUAACAUAAAUAUCACGCCUCGGUUGCAUUUUAUUUUCACACUUGUUUCCCCUGACAGGUAUGUGCAUUUCUUAUGAAAAACAACGAAAAGUGAUAGAAACGGUAACCUAGGACAGAGUAGACUAGUAGAUUCAACAUUGCAUUCGCCUUU